UAGACAAGUCCGGUGUUCCACGCAUGCGUAGCGCCAACUUCCUGUUACAACAAGACACCGAUGUCUUGGAACUGUGUGGACUGGAUCUCUACAGUGGUUUUGUUAUUAUGAUAAAAUAGACAGGUUUACGAUCACCUCCUGGAUAUGAAAAUGGUAACUAGCUACUGUAACUAGUUGUGUAGAGUUGUAACGUUACAGUAUUUCACUACCAUGUCGGACAAAGUUAGAGCUGGGAACGGCAAAGACAACGGAGAUCUCAUUAGAAGCUACCAUAAACAGGCAUUUCAAUACAUAUCCGUGGCACUCAAGAUCGAUGAAGAUGACAAAGGUGUCAAGGAGGAGGCAGUCCAGUGGUAUCAGAAAGGCAUUUCAGAGCUUCAAAAGGGGAUUGCUAUUGAAGUCAUAGGACAAGGAGAACAUUAUGAUCGGGCAAAGAGGCUUCAAACUAAGAUGAUCACCAAUCUCACCAUGGCAAAGGACCGACUCGCUCUUUUAGAAGGUGCAUCGGCGUCUAAAAAGAGAAACAGCUCUCAGAGUCCAUCAGGCCAUCUCCCUACCCCUCCAGUGAGGCCUACUGGUCCAAAGAACCAGCCAGGUCCAGGUGGUUCCAUGUCCAGUCACAGCAAGCCAGCGAGCACUGUAAGAACUGGCUCAAGCAAGACUAACAAUAUCAAGGUUGUCCCUCGGGCCGCAGGAAGAGGACAGAAUGGCAGACCGGCAGCAGCGUCAAAGGAACCACAGAGGAGGGAUAUGAAGAACUUUAAGAAUGUGGACAGCAAGCUGGCCAACCUCAUACUGAAUGAGAUCGUGGACAGUGGGUCAGCAGUGAGCUUUGAAGACAUAGCAGGUCAGGAGCUGGCUAAACAGGCUCUCCAGGAGAUAGUUAUCCUGCCUGCACUCAGACCUGAGCUGUUCACUGGUCUCAGAUCCCCGGCACGAGGUCUGCUCCUCUUCGGCCCUCCAGGCAACGGAAAGACCAUGCUGGCCAAAGCAGUAGCCAUGGAAUCCCACGCCACCUUCUUUAACAUCAGUGCUGCCACUCUGACCUCUAAAUGGGUGGGAGAGGGAGAGAAGCUGGUCAGAGCUUUGUUUGCUGUGGCCAGAGAACUACAGCCUGCCAUCAUCUUCAUUGAUGAGAUCGACAGCCUGCUGUGUGAGAGGAGGGAAGGCGAACACGAUGCCAGCCGACGGUUAAAAACCGAGUUCCUCAUCCAGUUCGAUGGGGUGCAGUCAGAAGGUGCAGAGAGGGUUCUGGUGAUGGGAGCUACCAACAGGCCACAGGAGCUGGACGAAGCUGUACUCAGGCGAUUUGCCAAACGGGUGUACGUGUCCUUGCCAACAGAGGAGACGCGUUUCAAGUUGCUGAAUAAUUUAUUGGGAAAGCAUGGACACCCACUCAACCAGAAGGAAUUAGCCCAUCUAGCAAAAAUGACAGGGGGCUAUUCAGGAAGUGAUCUUACCUCAUUGGCUAAGGAUGCUGCUCUUGGACCAAUCAGGGAACUGGGACCAGAGCAAGUGAAAAACAUGGCUGCUAGUGACAUGCGUAACAUCCGCUGCCGGGACUUUGAGGAUUCUCUGAAGCGUAUCAAGCCCAGUAUCAGUCCCACAACCCUGGACGCUUAUGUUAGGUGGAACACUGACUAUGGAGACACGACGGUCUUCUAGAACCGUGGAACUAACUCACUUCCCAGCUAGCGCGUAACGUUCUAAGAACCAUAUGUUUCUUCGAGCUUGGUGAGAGCGUGGUUGUCCUAUGGUUAUUUUGCAUAAAAACCUUUCCACAACUUUCUGGGAACGGUGCAGGUAGUUGCUUGGCUUUGGAACGUUCUUUUAUUGGUAUUUCAAUAUUUUAACCAGAACGUUUCCUAAAAGUUCAAACAUGGUUGCAUUUAAUCUCAGUUUUGGUAAUGUUCUAGGAAUGUUCUCCAA